CGGCGCGGCGCCCCAUUGGGCGCGGCGCGGGGGGGCGCGCCGCCGACGUCACCGCCGCGCUCCUUAUAAGGAGCGGGGCGGGGCCUGCGCCUCACUCGCGGCGGCGAUGGACGGGAGCUACGAGGCGUGCGCGGAGGCGGCGCGCUGGCUGCGGGCGCGGCUGCGGGAGGCGCCGCGCGUGGCGCUGGUGUGCGGCUCGGGGCUGGGGGCGCUGGCGCAGGAGCUGCGCGACCCGCAGAGCCUGGAGUACCGCGACAUCCCGCACUUCCCGCGCAGCACCGUGCAGGGCCACGCCGGGCGAUUGGUCGUCGGCCGCCUGGGCUCCACCCCCUGCGCCGUCCUGCAGGGGCGCUUCCACCUCUACGAGGGCUACAGCCCCGCCCAGGUGGUCAUUCCCGUCCGGACGCUGGCCCUGCUCGGGGUGCACACGCUGGUGCUGACCAACGCCGCGGGCUCGCUGCGGCCGGGGCUGACCGCCGGGCACCUGCUGGUCAUCCGCGACCACAUCGACCUGCCCGGCCUGGCCGGGCGCUCCGCCCUGGUGGGGCCCAAUGACGACAGGUUCGGGCCGCGGUUCCCGGCCAUGACGGACGCCUACGACCCCGCGCUGCGGCGCCUGGCGCUGGCCCUGGCCCCCAAGGAGCUGCGGGCGCGCUCGGGGGUCUACGUGGGCGUGGGGGGGCCCAGCUACGAGACCCCCGCCGAGUGCCGCUACCUGCGCAGGGUGGGCGCCGACGCCGUCGGCAUGAGCACGGUGUCGGAGGCGGCGGCCGCGCGCCACCUGGGGCUGCGCGUGCUGGGGCUGUCGCUCAUCACCAACUCCGCCCCCGCCGACAGCGACGACGAGGACGACGACGAGGGUGACGCCGGUGACGUCACGGCGGAGGGGGCGGGGCCCGGGCCGCGCCCUGCCGCGCCCGCGGAGGCGCCGGGGCACCGCGAGGUGCUGGAGGCCGCCCAGGAGGGCGCGCGGCACCUGCGGGCGCUGCUGGCCGCCCUGGCCCCCCGGCUGGACCCCGCCCCCGGCCACGCCCCCGCCGUGACCUCAUCGCUGGGCUGACGUCACCGCCGGGGCGCGUGACGUCACCGCGGCGGGGCGGUGACGUCGUGUCUGCAGCGAUGGCGGUUGUGCCCUUGGUGCCCGUGGGGGAUUCUCCCCCACCCACCCGAAAAAAUCCCUUUGGGGCGUCCUGGAAUCCCCUGGAAUUGCCCCAAAAAAAAUCCCCCUGGAUACCCAAAAAUCCCCCCCAAAAAUUCCUUUGGGAUCUCCUGGAAUUCCCUGGAAUUGCCCCAAAAAAUCCCCCUGGGAUUCCCCAAAAAAUCACUUUGGGAAUUCCCAAAAAUUCCCCCCGAAAAAUCACUUUGGGACGUCCUGGAAUCCCCUGGAAUUCCCAAAAAAUUACCCCCAAAAAAAAUCACUUUGGGAAUUCCCAAAAAUUUCCCCCCGAAAAAUUCCUUUAGGGUCUCCUGGAAAUCCCCGAAAAAAAUCUCCCCAAAAAUCCCUUGGGAAUUCCCAAAAAAUCCCCCCCAAAAAUAACUUUGGGGUCUCCUGGAAUCCCCCCCAAAAAAAUCACUUUUGGAAGUCCUGAAAUUCCCCCAAAAAAUCGCUUUGGGAUCUCAUGGAAUCCCCCCAAAAAAAUCCCCCUGGGAUUCCCCAAAAAAACCCCAAAAAAAUCACUUUGGGAAUUCCCAAAAAUUCCCCCCAAAAAUCCCUUUGGGGUCUCCUGGAAUCCCCUGGAAUUGCCCCCCAAAAAAUCCCACCUGGAUUCCCAAAAAAAAAAAAAUUCCCCCCCCAAAAAAUCACUUGGGGAUCUCCAGGAAUUUCCCCCCAAAAAAAAUCCGUUUGGGAUCUCCUGGAAUUCCCAAAAAAAAAUCCCCCCAAAAAUCCCAUAAAAAUCAAAAAAAAUCCAAAAAAUCCCCCCAAAAAAUCCCCCAAAAAUCCCCAAAAAAUCCCCCAAAAAUCCCCAAAAAAAUCCCCAAAAAAUCCCAAAAAAAAAUCCCCAAAAAAUCCCUUGGAAAUCCCAAAAAAAAUUUAUUAAAAAUUUUUAAAAAAUCCCCAAAAAAUCCCCCAACCCCCCCCAGGACUCCGCGACAUUCCGGUGCCAUUAAUUAACCCCGAGCCAUUAAUUAACCCCGAGCCAUUAAUUAACCCCGAGCCGUUAACGAGUUCUGCAUUCCGCGCCGGAUUUUGCCUUAAUUCCCCCGAAAUCCGCGAAAUUCCCGCUCGUUAAUUAGUCCUGUGUCGUUAAUUAGUCCUGUGUCGUUAAUUAGCGCCGUGUUGUUAAUUAGUCCCCAGUCAUUAACCCCGUGUCGUUAUUUAAUUCCACGUCGUCAAUUCCCCAGUCGUUCAUCUCACUAAUUAAAUCUGCGUCGUUAAUUAACCCCGUGUCAUUUAUUAAUUCUGUGUCGUGAAUUAAUUCUGCGUCGUUAAUUAGUUCCAUGUCAUUUAUUAAUUCUGCGUCGUUAAUUCUGUCUCGUGUUGUUAAACCCGAGUCAUUAAUUCUGUGUCAUUAAUUAAGUCUGUGUUGUUAAUUAAUUCCGUGUCAUUAAUUAAUUCUGUGUCUUCAAUUAAUCCCAUGUCACUUGUUAAUUCUGUGUUGUUAAUUAAUUCUGUGUCAUUAAAACUGUGUCCUUAAUUAAUUCUGUGUCAAUAAUUAAUUCUGUGUCAAUAAUUCCACGUCAUUAAUUCCAAGCCAUUAAUUAAUUCCGUGUCAUUAAUUAAUUCAAUGUCAUUAAUUAAUUCCCCGUCAUUAAUUAAUUCUGUGUCAUUGUUAAUUCGAUGUCAUCGAUUAAUUCCAUGUAAUUAAUUCAGUGUCAAUAAUUAAUUCCGUGUCCUUAAUUCCCCCUCAUUAAUGCCCUGUCAUUAAUUCCAAGUCAUUAAUUCCGUGUCAUUAAUUAAUUCCGUGUCAUUAACUAAUUCCGAGCCAUUCAUUAAUUCGGUCUCAUUAAUCCCGCGCCAUUAAUUAAUCCCAGCUCGUUAAUUUCCGGUCUUUGCCCCCUCUGGUCUUGCCUUAAUUGGGUGUCAUUAAUUAACUAAUUAGCCCUGCCGUAAUUAAUGAGCCCCCCGUAAUUAGGCCUCACAGUUAAUUAACUCCUCUGAUUAAUUACCGCAGGCUAAUUAAUCCCCUCCAGGAAUCCUUCCGGCUUCGUUAGUCCCAUCCCGUUAAUUAAUUAAUUAAUUAAUAGCGACACAUUCCAGGCUAAUUAAUCCCUAUUCCUUAAUUAUCCCGGGUUAAUUAGCCCCCCCCCCGGCUGAGGGUUCGUUAGCGCCGUCACGCUAAUUAACAGCUGCAAUUAAUUACUGGAAGCUAAGCAGCUGCUUAAUUAAUUAUUUGGGGUAAUUAACGAUUAAUGAGGCCAGUGGUUUAUUCACGUUAAUUACCCGCGCUUCGUUAUCCCCAGAUUAAUUAAUUCAGGGCUAAUUAAUCAAUCAAUCAAUGCUGCAAUUAACCAGCAACGGCUCAUUAAUUACCCUGAUUAUUAAUUAAUGAUCCUCAUCAAGCCGCGCUUGAGGCUGCGCUUGAUUAACCCAAAUUGAUUAAUUAAUUAUUAAUCGGUAAUUAAUCAGAGGUUAAUUAGCUGACUCCCCUUCGCGCCACUCGCUGAUGAAUUAAUUAAUUAUUAUUAAUUAAUUAAUUAACGAACCGUUCCAGCUCGUUUACCACACCCCCCCUCUCCAGGCCAGUUAAUUAAUUAAUGAAUUGUUAAUGAAGGGGGCGUGGCCUCGGUUAAUGAGCGCGGGAAGCGGCGAUUAAUUAAAGUUGUUGGAAAGUU